GCGCGGCGGAGCGUCAUUCAGCGGCGGCCGCGAGAUGAAGUCGCAAUAAUGGCAGAAGGGAUUUUAGUUGCAUUUUACGUGUUAAGUUAAUGUCACGUCAUGAGUUCCUGUUGAUAUCAAGUCUGACUUUAAUCGUAGCCAUCGACUCAGGAAGCGGAAGAGCGCGGGAUAUCGAUCCGUGAUCGGUUAUUGAUCGUCAUGCCGCCCAUCGAGAAUAACGCGGGUCGCGAGCAGAUCCGAUCGAAGAUCAAAGAGCUGAUCGAUGCUAAUCAAGUGCUGGUGUUCAGUAAGAGCUUCUGUCCCUAGUGCGUCCGGGUGAAGGAACUCUUUAAAGAGCUGAAUGUCACGUGUAACGCCGUAGAGCUGGACUUGAUGGAGGACGGAACCAACUACCAGGACCUGCUGCAUGAGAUGACGGGGCAGAAAACCGUUCCCAACGUCUUCAUCAACAAGAAGCACAUCGGAGGCUGUGACAACACCAUGAAGGCACACAAAGAUGGCGUCCUGCAGAAGCUGCUGGGUGAAGGCAGUGAGGUGUACGACUAUGAUCUCAUUGUGAUUGGCGGAGGUUCUGGAGGUCUGGCCUGCUCAAAGGAAGCGGCAGCCUUGGGGAAGAAGGUCAUGGUUCUUGAUUAUGUUGUUCCUACACCGACGGGCACAACCUGGGGUCUGGGUGGCACGUGUGUAAACGUGGGCUGUAUUCCUAAGAAACUGAUGCAUCAAACAGCUCUGCUGAGCACAGCCAUGAAAGACGCUCGUGCGUUCGGCUGGGAGUUCUCUGAUCAGGUGACUCACAACUGGGAAACGAUGAAGACGGCGGUAAAGAACUACAUCGGUUCGCUGAACUGGGGCUACAGAGUGUCCCUACGAGACAAAAACGUCAAUUACGUCAACUCCUACGCUGAGUUUGUGGAGCCGCACAAGAUCAAGGCCACCAACAAGCGUGGAAAAGAGAUGUUCUACACUGCAGCUAAGUUCGUCCUGGCGACAGGAGAGAGGCCUCGUUAUCUGGGCAUCCCAGGAGACAAAGAGUACUGCAUCACCAGUGACGACCUGUUCUCAUUGCCCUACUGUCCCGGGAAGACUCUGGUCGUCGGAGCGUCGUACGUGGCUCUGGAGUGCGGGGGGUUUCUGGCCGGUUUGGGGCUGGAUGUGACCGUCAUGGUUCGCUCCAUUCUUCUGCGAGGAUUCGAUCAGGACAUGGCCGACCGUGCAGGAGAGUACAUGACGAAUCACGGGGUCAAAUUCCUCAGGAAGUUUGUUCCUACCAAGAUCGAGCAGCUGGAAGCUGGGACUCCAGGCCGAAUUAAAGUAACGGCCAAGUCGACGGAGAGUGACGAAGUCAUCGAAGGAGAAUACAAUACUGUGCUCAUCGCUGUGGGUCGAGACGCCUGUACAGGAAAGAUCGGUCUGGACAAGGCUGGAGUCGAAGUCAAUGCCAAGACCGGGAAGGUCCCGGUGAACGAUGAGGAGCAGACCAACGUUCCUCACAUCUAUGCCAUCGGGGACAUCCUGGAGGGGAAGUGGGAGCUCACUCCGGUGGCCAUUCAGGCCGGGAAGCUUCUGGCUCGCCGACUGUUCGCCGGAGCGACUCUGAAGUGCGAUUAUGUGAACGUUCCCACCACCGUCUUCACUCCUAUGGAAUACGGCAGCUGUGGUUACCCAGAGGAGAAGGCCGUGGAGAUCUACGGUCAGGAGAACAUCGAGAUCUAUCACAGUCUGUUCUGGCCCCUGGAGUUCACCGUUCCCAACCGGGACAGCAACACGUGCUACGCCAAGAUCCUCUGCAAUAAACUUGACAACGAGCGCGUGAUUGGCUUCCACUAUCUGGGUCCUAACGCCGGAGAGGUCACUCAGGGCUUCGGAGCCGCCAUGAAGUGUGGGAUCACCAAAGAUCAGCUGGACAACACCAUCGGGAUUCACCCGACCUGUGCUGAGAUCUUCACCACCAUGGAGGUCACCAAGAGCUCCGGCAGAGACAUCGCUCAGGCCGGCUGCUGAGCUUAAACCCUGCUCGUUUAACAGGCUGUCAGGACUAGAUUAAACCAGUGAACCGUCCCUCUCCUCUCGGUGUAAACGCACUCGAAUUAACCUCAGGUCAUCAAAACUCGUCAGAAGUCUGCUCUCGAGAGGCUUUUGUGUCUCGUUGUUCCCGUAUUGUGGGCGGAGCCUGGAGGAGCAAUAAGACACGACGGCCCGCGAGAGGCGGGGCUUCGCUCGCCUAGAGACCAAUGACUGGGAGAGGAGAUGAUGAUUGACAGCCUGUUAGACAGCGGGGUUACUCUGCUUUAACUGAUUGUCCGAGUCAGAAAUGCACCGGAUGUGUCCGUGCUUCACGCUUUUUCUUUCUUUCACCUUCUAAACGCACGCUAGCGCGUUCGGUGCUCUGUGACGUCGUAACCCUUAACCCCACGUUCAGUGGCGGGUUACGACCGAUGUUUUCUGCACUCGGACUUUAAAUAGAUAAACUCCCGUAAGGAGAACGCUGAUCUCUGGCCUCCAGACUCACGAGGGCCGCAUGCUUUCAUUUCUUGUGCUUGUAGGAGUCUAUUUUUCUAUAUUUAAUGGUGGUUUGUCCUCGGUUGCUCGUCAUUCCUGUCGGGGUCGUGCUAAGACGGAUUCCCGCUCUCGUUAUUUUCUGAUUCAGCCGUCGAGUAACUGAGACGCGAUCGAAGCGCAAACCAAAUGCAGCAUGUAGAUGCUUCCUCCAAGUAUUUAAACUAACGGGCAUCGCUGAGAUCUCGUUUCUAGUUUGUGAUGCCUGUCAGAGCACUUAGAAAUAUCAAUAAAAUGUGUAUGUUCAUAUUUUUAUAAAUAUAUCACUGGAUUACAUUUUCAUGUAUCUGUACGGAGGUUUCAUUCAGAUAUAAAAACACGUCUGUUUGUAUUUGUUUGCUGUUUAUUUGCUUCGGGGUUAUUUUUAUGUCUUUCGUCUCAUCAUUCACUCCCUUUCGGGUUUAAGGGGCAAAGUUCUUGUGUUUUACUGUCACUCAGCUCCUAACGAAUGUACCAUAUUUCCAUUAGUAUCUCUGUUCAAAUUCUAUUCAUGAACUUUUAAUAAACCCAUGUACACAA